AUGGUCACGUGCUGUGACGUAACCAGCAGCCGCUCACUCACUUCCGGGUGAGGAAGAGUCGCUGCAGAAUGAAAAUAACAGCCUAAUUCUGACGAAUAACUGCAGUCCUCGACUACCAGUUUCAGAAAUUUUAAAGCAACACAAAGGUUAAAAUGGCGGACACCGGAAACAGGCUACGUAAACAGUUAGAGUCGGCUAAUUUUGACCCGCAGAAUUACGUGAAGCAGCUCUCGCAGCAGUCUGAUGGAGACAGAGAUCUGCAAGAGCACCGUCAGAAGAUCCAAACUCUAGCCGACGAGACUGCCCAGAACCUAAAGAAGAAUGUUUACAAGAAUUACAGACAGUUCAUCGAGACCGCGAAGGAGAUUUCCUAUCUGGAGAGUGAGAUGUACCAACUGAGUCACAUCCUGACUGAGCAGAAGAGCAUUAUGGAGAGCAUCACCCAGGCCUUGCUGUCUACAGACAAGGACGAAGCUGCCAAAGAAAUGCUCACGGCAUUCCCCAAAGAGACCGAGGAGGUCAAGCAGAGAACCCUGACGACGCUGCUGGAGAAAGUCGAAGGCUGCAAGAACAUCAUGGAGACGCCAGGCCGGUAUCUGGUCUACAACGGCGAUCUGUUCGAAUACGACGCAGAAAACAUGUCUCAGAUACAGAAGGUGCACGCCUUUCUGAUGAACGACUGCCUGCUCAUCGCGACGUGGCUCGCCAACAGACGCGGGACGAUCAAGUACAAAUACAACGCUCUGUACGACCUGGAGAGCUUUGCCGUCGUUAACGUGAAGGACAACCCUCCCAUGAAGGACAUGUUUAAGAUCCUGAUGUUUCCAGACAGCCGCAUUUUCCAAGCAGAAAACAGCAAGAUUAAGAAAGAGUGGUUGGAGAUCUUGGACGAGACCAAGAAAACCAAAGUCAAAGACCUGAACAAGAAAGAAGAAGAGGUCCCCAAGUCGCCGGUCAGACCUGAGGUUUCCACCAAUCCGUUUGACGAAGAGGACACUGAACCUUUGGACACUGAAGAGAUAGUGGACUUGAGUCCAGAGUGGAUCCAGGAGCUUCCAGAGGACCUCGAUGUUUGCAUUGCACAGAGGGAUUUCGAGGGUGCUGUGGAUCUUUUGCAGAAGCUGAACGAGUAUCUGAAGGAUCAGCCGGUGACUCCAAGGGUCAAAGAGCUCAGGGGGAAAGUGGAUGAGCGCGUGCGGCAGCUGACGGAGGUCUUGGUGUUUGAGUUGUCGCCUGAUCGGUCGUUGCGUGGCGGACCUAAAGCGACUCGCCGUGCUGUCUCGCAGCUCAUCAGGCUGGGCCAGUCCACCAAAGCCUGCGAUCUGUUCUUGAAGAACCGCGCUGCUGCGGUGCACACGGCCAUCCGGCAGUUGCGAAUCGAAGGCGCUACGUUGCUGUACAUCCAGAAGCUUUGCAACGUCUUCUUCACCGGGCUGCUAGAGACGGCUCGAGAGUUCGAGACCGACUUCGCAGGCGACACGGGUUGCUACUCUGCCUUCGUGGUGUGGUCUCGCUCUGCAAUGCGAAUGUUCGCCGACACCUUCAGCAAGCAGGUGUUCGACAGCAAAGAGAGCUUGUCUACAGCCGCCGAAUGCGUCAAGCUGGCCGGAGAGCACUGCAGGCAGCUGAGCGACAUCGGCUUGGACCUGACGUUCAUCCUGCAGUCGCUGCUGGUCAAGGACAUCAAGGCGGCUCUACAAAGCCAGAAAGACAUCAUCAUCGAGGCCACCAAGCACCGCAACUCGGAGGAGAUGUGGAGAAGGAUGAACCUGAUGACCCCCGAAGCUCUGGCCAAGCUCAAGGACGAGAUGCGGAGCUGCGGCAUCGGCACCUUCAACCAGUACACAGGCGACGACUGCUGGGUGAACCUCAGCUACACCGUGGUGGCCUUCACCAAGCAGAUGAUGGCGUUCCUGGAGGAAGGGCUUAAACUCUACUUCCCAGAGCUGCACAUGGUGUUCCUCGAGAGCCUCAGGGAGAUCAUCCUGGUGGCCGUUCAGCACGUGGACUACAGCCUGCGCUGCGAGCAGGACUCCGAGAAGAAAUCCUUCAUCCUGCAGAACGCAGCGUUCCUACACGAGACGGUGCUUCCUGUGGUGGAGCGCAGGUUCGAGGAAGGAGUGGGCAAACCAGCCAAGCAGCUGCAGGACCUGAGGAAGAGCUCGCGCUCGGUCAGAGUCAACCCGGAGAGCACGACGUCUCUGGUGUGACCUGGUCAGGACUCAGUACGACUACUAAAGCGCUCACACACACUUUACAUGCGUUUCAUUUGCUAGAUUUACACACUAAGUCUCAACAACUCCUUUUUAUGAUCUCACUGCACUCCUAACCUGGAGAUUUUAUUAAUCACUUUAAAUACAUGACCUGUGCUGUUCUUCUGUUUUAUGAAUGACUGUAUAUCAGUUAUGUGUAACACACAUUAAAAUAAUUGAAGAUA